AUGCGACGCUUUCUGCGCUCAUCAACGCGCUCCGUUGCGCAGUGGUUGAGAGCACACCCUACGGGGCUAGCUCCUGCGGGAGACCUUUGUCGCCCCAUACCAAUCUUCUCUUCGUCUACCGGGGCAUUCACUGGAAUUUUGAUCGGAACUACAGGAUCUGCCCUGUGGUUUGCAGAAGGCACAGAAGGGCCUCGAAGCGAUUUCCACGCACUGCAGACUAGAAGCUAUGCCAGUCCAGCAUCUACAAGGAAAGGAAUCGCACAAAUUCGCCAAGAACUCGGAGACGCUUCGGUGGGCACGGACGAAGACGAUAUAGAAGAGCACGGAUAUUCAGAGUGGUCGACAUCCAACUCAUCCGUCAGGCCGAAAGCUGUCGUACGUCCAACGAGUACGCAGGAUGUGGCCCGUAUAGUCAAGAUUUGUUCCCGCUACAGAAUCCCAAUGGUACCAUACGGCGCGGGUUCCAGUGUAGAGGGCAACUUUUCCUCCACACACCCCGGGGUCUGCAUUGACUUAUCCCUUAUGGACAAGAUUGUGGAGUUUCACCCAGACGACUUGGAUGUGACUGUGCAGGCUGGCGUAAACUGGACUCAACUUAACGAAAGCAACGAACUUAAGGCAAGUGGGUUGUUCUUGCCUCUCGAUCCUAGCCCAACGGCACAGAUUGGUGGCAUGAUUGCAACGAACUGUAGUGGAACCAAUGCCAUGAGAUAUGGCACGAUGAAGGACUAUGUUCUAAGUUUGACUAUUGUACUAGCGGACGGCUCUAUCAUUAAGACCAGGCGUCGGCCGCGCAAGACUUCAGCUGGUUACAACCUGAACGGCCUAUUUACCGGAUCCGAAGGCACACUUGGAAUUAUCACGGAGGCAACCCUAAAACUAGCGGUUGUACCAUCUGACUACAGUGUGGCAACCGCUACAUUUUUAACUGUAAAGGAUGCUGCGGACGCGGCGUCCAAGAUGAUUCGCAAAGGCAUCAACCUCGCCGCUUGCGAACUGAUGGAUGAUGAACAGAUGAAAGUCAUAAACAAGAGCGGUGGGGUGGGAGGAAAGAUGUGGGAAGAGUUACCGACUCUGUUUCUUAAGUUUUCAGGUUCGCAACAAAACAUCGAGGACAGUGUUCGGUUGGCAAAGAGCGUAGCGUACCGAAUUCGCCUGUCUCAAUUUUCGCAUGCAAAGCUGACGGGUAUAGAAGAGGAAUCCAAAAACGAUGCAAUGCAGAUGGGCCUCUUCUCCAGCGUACUUGGUCACGUUGGUGACGGCAACUUCCAUCAGAUGAUCAUGUAUGAUCCGAAGAGACCAUCGGACGUGGCGAACGUGAAGGGCUUCAUAAAUGGAAUGAUGCACAAAGCUUUAGAGAUGGAAGGAACUGUGUCGGGCGAACAUGGCAUCGGCAUUGGGAAGAAGCAUUGCUUACUUGAAGAAUUGGGCUCUGAUACAAUUGGGGUAAUGAAGGCUAUCAAAGGUCGCUUGGAUCCUCACUGGCUCAUGAAUCCUGGGAAGAUAUUUGAUGAAUAA